GCUGAACCCUUAGCAGAAGAUCCAGCACCCGAAGUGCUGCAGGGUGCUGCCAUGUGCACUAGUGGGCUUUUCUUGCCGGGUGACACCAGCUCGGAGAUGCCAGCAUCGUUCCUCAAAGGUGCAGGGGUCUACUCUGAACAGGCGUUGGCUAGCACCAAUGUGCCAGCGGCCAGUGUGCGACUGACUGCAUCGGAUGGGACUACAAGCUUAGCUCCCCGAUACACAAACCAUAUGACGGUGGAAGCCUUUUAUCAGAUCUACCUGAUGUGGGCUGCUGGGGCUGGUGUAGCUGAAGGUGACAUUGCAACCUCCCACUGCUUCCGUCAAACCUAUGAUAUGGAAUGGAAGCACACUGUCAAGAUGAGAACUGUUUCCCAGCAUGCCAGGUGUUCUAUCUGUGCGGAGUUCAGUGCUCGCUGCAACAAAGCUACAUGUGAGGCCGAGCGAUCAGCUUUGGAACGAGGGCAGAAGCAGCAUCUGCUCAAUGUUCAUCAAUAUCGCCUGAUUCAGCAGAGGCUGAGUGUGUUGAGUGUUCUUGAAGGCUACUUGGUCCUAGAGCCGGACAUUGCGAAGGACAGCUCUUGUGAGGUGACCAUCAUCAUGAAGGCGUUGGAUUGGGUGGUGGAUGAGCUGACCAAAGCUGGCAAACUGAUGCCAGAACAUCUCAUUUUGGAGGACUUUGUUGAGGUCAUCCGGCAGAAUUUCAAACCCCUUCGCAACCGGGUGUUGAAAGCAGAGCUGUUGGAGGGUAGCCUUGACAUGAAGAAGUACUUGUCACAGUACCGGGUGGAGAUUGCGGGGCUGGUGCACACUGGUCAUGAUGACUUGCCGGUCUAUGAUGACCACACCGGAGACUCUUGGGUGCCCAAGGAGAUUCCGGGGGAAAACUAUGAGAAGUCACCCAAUGAUUGCAUCCUCCUUGUGAAACACCUGGUGAACUCUGAGUCACUAUCACAAGCUCCAAUGUGCUUACUGCCAGCAUCUUUCCAGAAGUAUAUCAAAGAUGGUGUUGUGGGCCUUCCUCGCAAUCUGGUGGCCGACCGGGCCCGGAAAGAGUUUCGGAAAACAGCAGAAACCAUCGAGAAGGAUCCGUGGAACCUGAAGAGGGCUGCCAAUGCGCUUGGGGAAUGGGUUGAUAGAAAUGAAAAGCAAAGUUGGCCAGCCAUCCCGGAACCCAAGUGGUGGUUCAGCUCUGAUGUCCGUGAGCUGGGUGUGGAACCUGCGCCUGAUGGGUGGGAGAAAUUUGCCCCUGGCCCGGUUCGCUCUGUCACUGUUGCCAAGGGUGGGAAUCUGGGUGAACCAAAGAAAAGGGGGAGACCACCAAAAAAAGUACCAGAGGUGAAACCAUUGGAAGGUGCUCAGGUUUUUGGCCCACGAUCCAAAAAGCGUGGCACUGUUGUCCCUCCACCGGUUGAGAGAGCAUGA